AGAAAUGGCCAUUUUUUAUUUACCACCACCCUUGUGUUAAUGUUGGGUCUUUCUGGAUAUGACCAGGACUUCAGGCUAUCUGGGUAAAAAAUAUUCACUAAACAUUUUGCUUUUAAAAACAAAGGAUUGGCUACUCAGCAGCCACAGGCACAGGUAGCUCUAGGGACUGGGUUUGACUCCCUUAAACCUCCUCUGGUGCGAGUGUAGCAGCUAUUGACAACCACAUUGAGCAAGCUAUGGAUCUGCUGAAAAGCUAUUUGAUGUAUGUGGUUAGAGAGGAAGUGGAGGUCCUCAAAGAACAAAUCAGAGAAUUCAGAGAGAAAAAUUCCCAGCCGAAGCAGGAAAACAAUCUGCUGAAGACACUGGCCAGCCCUGAACAGCUUGCCCAGUUUCAGGCCUGGCUGCAGACUGGCUCCCCCCACCCCCACGCCACCUUGCAGCCACAGGGGACCACACAGCCCCCUGCCCAGCCAGCAUCCCAGGGCUCAGGACCAACCAUGUAA